CCAUGCACCAAGGCGCAAUGACCACAUGCAGCCAGUCUUCCGAUCGACAGGGUAUCGACCGACCCAACCGUCGACCCAAGACGACCACUACUCCCAGCGCUACUCGGGGGCCUCGCAGGCGACGAGCUACACGUCUGAAGAGCCACAAAGUCUGUCCCAAGCGACGACGACAUUUGCCUCGGCAAGCCAAGAGGAGAUCGUUCCGCUGCCCGCGCUGCUGCACUCCCGAUAUUCGCGCAUGCUCAUGAACAUGACGGACGCCCAACGAUUGACCAUCUCGCACGCAGCCCCCUCCUCUUCGUCCACCGGGCCAGAUCCCGGCGCUGUAUGUGCGUCCUCCACUUCUGCUCUAGCCGAAGAGGCGGCAUUCGCUAAAGCCGAGCAGAAGAAACGAAAGCGCGAGCAGCUCGCUGCAGAGAAGCAGGAGCGCCGUCACGUGAAAGAGCAGCGCCGCAUCCAAGUUGAGACCGAGAAAGCCGCUCGACGAGCAUUGAAGCAGAAGUUGGGCGACGAAAAGCGGGCCAAGAAGGAAGCGCAAGAAGCUGCGCGGCGGCUGCAAGAGACGACCCAAGCCGAAGCCAAGCAGCGUCGUCGUGGCGAGAAGGAGAUGCUACGACUCGAGGCACAGAAGAAGGCCCAAGAUGACGCGACGGCAACCCUCUUGGGCAAAGUCGUUCGCCGGCAGGAGAAGCGCCGGAUCGCCACCGAGAAUGAGAAGCGACUGCGUGCCGUGGAGACGAUGCUUCAUGCAGCAGAGAAGAGUCGCACCGAAGAGACGAUGCGCGCUUUGCGCAUGGAAACCCAGAUCAACACGCUCGCUGCAGCCGUCGAGCAGGCGCUUCUGGAGAAAGAUGGACUCGCAGAGACCUUGCUCGACCAGAAGAAGGCUAUCGCAACGUGCACAUCGGACCUCCAGAAGGCAGUUCAUAAUCUCGUCAGCGUCGAGGCUCCUAUGAAGCGCCAUGUGCAAGCCGAGUCGUUCACCCCGCCGCCGCCGGUCGAGGCGCCCACCGACGUCGACUACGGAUGCUUGAUCGCACUGGACAUGAUCGAGAAGGCGCGGGCGAAGAAGCGGCGAAAGGAGGUAGCGCAGGAGUACUGA